CAACUGUGGGUCCUGCGCAUGCUCGGGUCACGCCUAGCGCGCAAGCGCAGUACCGUCAGGGGAGCGGCGCCUGACACUAGUCCGCGGGCUCUCCACGUUUCCCUAGAAGGGGGCCGGGCAGGCGGCGGCGCGGCCAAUCGGAGGCGCCCACGACCCACCCCACCGAACUUGGAAGUGGAACCGCGCUGAGAGCCCUGCCAGAGGCGCGUGGCGGGGUCCGCAGUCGCGCGGGGGGUUAGGGCGCGCGUGGCCGUAUCGCCAUGGUGUCGGCCAGCGCCUGCGCCGGCCAGGUGGGCGCCGUGCUGCCUCUGCUGCUGGUGCUCUUCGACCUGCUCGGCGAGGGAGUCGAAUGUGGAAUAAAUGCUGAAGUAGAAAAACAACUUGAAAUGGGCAAGAAGUUAUUGGCAGCUGGACAGCUAGCUGAUGCCUUGUCUCACUUCCAUGCUGCUAUAGAAGGGGACUCUGAUAACUACAUUGCCUAUUAUAGAAGAGCCACAGUGUAUUUGGCCAUGGGCAAAUCUAAAGCUGCAAUUCGUGAUUUAAGUAAAGUGGUUGAACUAAAGCAGGAUUUCACAUCAGCAAGAUUACAGAGAGGCCAUUUACUUCUUAAGCAAGGAAAAUUUGAUGAAGCAGAAGACGACUUCAAAAAUGUGCUCAAAUCUAAUCCCAGUGAUAAUGAGGAAAAGGAAGCCCGGUCUCAGCUGAUGAAAUCUGAUGAGUUGCAGCGCCUGCGUUCACAGGCACUGUCUCUGUAUCGUCAGGAGGAUUACAGGACUGCUAUAAGUCUUCUUGAUGGGAUUCUAGAAGUUUGCGUUUGGGAUGCAGAGCUGCGGGAGCUUCGAGCUGAAUGCUAUAUAAAGGAAGGAGAACCAGGCAAAGCCAUUAGUGACUUAAAAGCUGCUACCAAACUGAAGAAUGAUAACACUGAAGCCUUCUAUAAAAUCAGCACAAUAUACUACCAGUUGGGGGACCAUGAACUGUCACUCAGUGAAGUCCGAGAGUGUCUGAAACUUGACCAGGACCAUAAGCUGUGUUUUUCUCACUAUAAACAAGUAAAGAAACUUAAUAAGCAAAUCGAGUCAGCAGAGGAACUCAUCAGAGAAGGCAGGUACACAGAUGCCAUCAAUAAAUAUGAAUCUGUAAUGAAAACUGAGCCAAAGGUCCCUAUUUACACUCCUCGUGCCAAAGAAAGGAUCUGUCACUGCUUCUCAAAGAAUGAGCAGGCUGCUGAGGCCAUAAAAGUUUGCACAGAAGUUCUGCUACUGGAACCAGCUAACGUGAAUGCUUUAAAGGACAGAGCAGAAGCCUAUUUAUUAGAAGACCGAUAUGAGGAAGCUAUUCAAGAUUAUGAAACUGCUCAGGCCAACAGUGAAAAUGACCAGCAGAUUCGUGAAGGCCUAGAGAGAGCCCAGAGGAUGUUGAAGCAAUCUCAGAAGAGAGAUUAUUACAAAAUUUUAGGAAUAAAAAGAAAUGCGAGAAAACAAGAAAUCAUAAAAGCAUACAGAAAGCUAGCAUCUCAGUGGCACCCUGAUAACUUCCAGAAUGAAGAGGAGAAGAAGAAGGCAGAGAAAAAGUUUAUUGAUAUAGCAGCUGCUAAAGAAGUACUUACUGACCCAGAAAUGAGAAGGAAGUUUGAUGCAGGAGAAGAUCCACUGGAUGCAGAGAGCCAACAGGGAGGAGGAUACCCUUUUCACAGAACCUGGAACACAUGGCAAGGAUUCAACCCUUUCAGCUCUGGAGGACCAUUUAAAUUUAAAUUCCACUUUAAUUAGAACCAAGACUAUUUUUCUAUGGCUGCCACUGAUUUACUUAACACUUCUUUAAAAACUCUGUGUAGGAUUCAACAAUUUAAAUUUCACAUGUUGCCCUUAACUAAAGAGUUACUUUAUUAGAAGGAAAGCUAGCUCUUUAAUAUUACAAAAAAAAUAAAUUUUGCUGCAGUGUGAAUUUAAUGGUGAGUGGGUGGGCCAGGAUUUUGUUAGCACUAAUAUAUUUUUAGUAGUGCAUACAGAAAUCCUGACUACCACCGAGGAAGAAACAUUAAGACCUGGAAAACAUAUAAACACAUGCUUAAAUCCUAUCAAAGUCAAUAAAACUUAAGCAUAUGCUUAAAGUUAAGAAUGUGCUUAAAUGCUUUUUGGAAUCCGAAUCUAAUAGAGGUGUAAGAGGUUACUAUGUAUGCCAAUCUUUAUAUUCACAAAUGAAAAUAUGAGUUACUGUAUACAGGGUAAUGAUCCAUCUUUCAGUAUUCUUAAAAAGAAAGACUAAUAACUUGACCAACUACUGCAUUGUGUUAUUUUUGUCACACUGAUGCCAUACAUAGAGAGUGAAGAGGCCACAACAGAUUGGAUUUAAAUAAUCUCUUUAAAAUACUGACAGUUUGUUUGAAAAUGUCUACCUACUUAUAUUUGUUCGGUAAUCUGAAAUCAGUUGGAAUGAUUAGUCUCUAUUAUAAUGGCAUCCGUCAAACGUAAAAGUAAAAAAUUCCCUCAUUUUGACCAUUUUGCUUCUGAAUGAUAUUUAAAUAGCCAGAGUUUCUUGAUUAGUUUUGUAUUUUGUACUUCUUACACAAAACCUGCUUGAGAUUUGAGCAGGGCAAUUUAAUGUGACACUUCCCCAAAUAUGCAGCAAUUUACAUCUGAUUUUAAUAAAUACUUUAAAAUAAGGAGAAAUGUGCAAAAGGUAACU